GGAGCCGGUGAGGCGGCAAAGGGGGGAGGGGGAGGGGGAGGAAGCAAGGGAUGAGCUCCGGGAGGGCGUCGGGGGCCCUGAGCCGGACGAGGACGCCCCUGGAACCGGGACCCGAGCCGGAGCCGGAGACAGAACCAAACCACCGCUGCAGCCCACUAAACCCAGGAGGCGCCCUGGCCCGCGCUCGCCCCCCAGGGCCUCAUGUCGGAACCACAGCCUGGCCUGGAGCCUCCCCAACAUGGGCUGUACAUGCUCUUCCUGCUUGUGCUGGUCUUCUUCCUCAUGGGCCUGGUAGGCUUCAUGAUCUGCCACGUGCUCAAGAAGAAAGGCUACCGCUGCCGCACAUCUAGGGGCUCAGAGCCUGAUGAUGCCCAGCUCCAGCCAUCUGAAGACGAUGACGUGAAUGAGGACACAGUAGAGAGGAUUGUUCGCUGCAUCAUCCAGAACGAAGCCAAUGCUGAGGCCUUGAAGGAGAUGCUGGGGGACAGCGAAGGAGAAGGGACAGUGCAGCUCUCCAGUGUGGAUGCCACCUCCAGUCUGCAGGAUGGAGCUCCUUCCCAUCAUCACACGGUGCAUCUUGGCUCUGCAGCUCCUUGCAUUCACUGUAGCCGCAACAAGAGACCCCCACUUGUCCGCCAGGGCCGCUCUAAGGAGGGAAAAGGCCGCCCCAGGCCCGGAGAGACCACUGUAUUCUCAGUGGGCAGAUUCCGAGUGACACACAUUGAGAAGCGCUAUGGCCUACAUGAACACCGGGAUGGUUCCCCUACAGACAGAAGCUGGGGCUCUGGGGGGGUGCAGGAACCAGGGGCCAGUCAGGUAGCUGGGGGAGGGCAGCCUAGAACAGGGACAGCUGCCACUGAGAGGUUGCUCCCUGAGACACCAUCCUCCCAGGCCGUAGUCACCCAGCCAGUGCAGAAUGGAGGACUCAAGGAUGAUAGCCUAAUCCCUAGUACACUUGAGGCAACCCCCGGAACCUCUGCAGAACUGACCCUGGGCACCAGAGGAAGAGGCCCAAGCCCAGGGCUGCCUAGUCAAGAAGCAAAUGGACAGCCAAGCAAACUGGACACCUCAGGUCAGCAGGAGCCUCUACCGCCAGAAGCAGGGGGUAUGUGAGGCGAGUCUCGAUACCAGGUAACCUCAUCCUCCCACCCUCUACCUAAACUCCCUGAACCCUCCCUACAAGCUUAGUGUGUGUUACAGACUCCUUGUGGUGGGCAUAGAGGUCCUGCAGGGUUAGAUGCAAUCUGGGGAACGAGAGGAUCAGAGCUGGAAGAGGAAGCAACACUGUCCCCACUCCUUCCUUGAAGCCUCAGUCUUCACUGUGCUGAUAUGCUGAUGCAUUGCCAGGGUAUGGACAGCCGUGAAGGCUUCCCCUCCUCUGGACAGCACUGCUCCUCAGCUGAGGGACCAGCUCUACUUCUACCUGGAGUGACACGGCCCCAGGCUGAGAGACCUCAGGAGCAGUGCCUCCCAACGCCCAUCCCCUCAUUCUUUUUCCUUUCCCUACCGCCAACAGGUUGCCUGGCCUGCUUCCCCAAAACCUCACUCCACAUGCAAGAGUGUGGCGGCUGGGACCAGGCCCCACCCGUGGUGGGCCCCAAAGCAAUAGCACCUUAGGCUCCCUGCCCUCUUGGCACAAGAGGCCCAGGCCCCAGCUUGGACUUCAUGCCUUUAUUCACUGUCAAUAAAUCUGCUCAGACCAUUA